AAAGAAUCUGUGUCGGCUUUUUAUACGUCAUCUGUCCGCGACACGUUACUGACUGUUGCUUUACUAACACGUGUGUACACCGGUUUUGCUGACAAACAAGAUAAACCUCAAAACCAUUUUCAGUAAAGUGAAUCACAACUGUCCCAUGAGUUUUGUGGAGUACUCUGAGCUCAUUCAGGAAGGAGAUGUGGUCAUCAUCUUUCUUGGGCAUGAUUCCAUGAUGCCCAUCAAAGUGGAAUCUGGUGCUCAGACACAGACCCGCUAUGGAGCCAUUCGGCACUCCACUGACUUAAUCGGUCGACGGUUUGGUUCAAAAGUAACAUGUAGUAAGGGUGGAUGGGUGUAUGUUCUGCAUCCCACUCCUGAGCUAUGGACUGUGAAUCUGCCUCACCGAACCCAAAUCCUUUACACAACAGACAUCGCCAACAUCACCUUGAUGCUGGACCUCAAACCAGGCUCGGUUGUUUGUGAAUCAGGCACUGGGAGCGGUUCACUUUCCCACGCCAUUCUCCGCACCAUCGCGCCCAAUGGCCACCUGCACACAGUCGAGUUCCAUGCCCAACGGGCAGAAAAGGCUGCACAAGAGUUCAGAGAUCACAAAGUGGGCCAUCUAGUGACAGUCCGAAAUCAGGAUGUGUGCAAAGAUGGCUUUGGUGUUGUGGGGGUAGCCGAUGCUGUAUUUCUGGACAUCCCUUCACCCUGGGAGGCCAUCAUGCAUGCAAAGAAAGCAUUUAAACUCAGGGGAGGUCGUUUGUGCUCGUUCUCUCCAUGUAUCGAGCAGGUCCAGAGGACAUGUGAAACUCUGCUAGAUCAUGGCUUUGAGGAGAUCUGUACACUGGAGGUUCUGCAGAGAGUACAUGAUGUCCGAUCCGUCACUCUGCCCUUACCAGACUUCGGGCCGGAGGAGGGAGAAAAAGAUCCACGUUCCAAGAUAGCUUCUGACCCUGCUCAAGAGGAUGUUCCACAUGCAACAAAUCCCAGCUACUCUUCAGUAAUCUGCAAGACUGCCACACCAUCUAGAGAGAUGGCUGGACACACAGGAUACCUCACUUUUGCUACAAAACCACGGGACUAGAAUACUACAGGAAUGCCAAGAGCUGGAUAAAGUGACUGAAACAUGAGUGUAGCUCUGUGCUCAUUUUUUACAGUCUAUCAGUGAAUAUAAACAUGUCUGUAUAUUAAGAUUGAGUUUGGGUACAUGGAUGUUUUUACAUACUAAACCAUAUACACCAUAUGUUUAUUACUCUACUUUGUGUAAGCGCAUUUGAUUUCUUUCAAAGUAUGACAA